CUUUGGAAACAUCUUCUUCAACGCACACUUGAUAUGGAUAUCACUUCCAUGCAAAUGGUUUCAACAGCAGCAACAACAGCAAAGCUGGGGUUGAAGCAAAAGCCUUACAAUAAUAAUAAUAAUAACAAUUACAGGGCUGGUAUAUCAUGCAGGGCUGGUAAUUUAGCCAUGCAAAGAGGAAGUGCCAAUUUUUACGAAGUUCUGUCUCUUGGUUAUGCCGAGAACGUGGGUUUGUCCGAUAUCAAAAGAGCUUAUCGGAGAAUGGUGCUUCAGUACCACCCAGAUGUUUGCCCUCCUUCUGCCAAAGAGGAAUCCAAAAAGCGAUUUCUUGAGCUCCAAAUGGCUUACGAGACGCUUUCGGAUCCGGUUUCUCGUCAAAUGUAUGACUGUGAGCUGGGUUUAGGGUUUAUGGAGGACAGAGAAUCAAAAUUUCCCAGAAAUGUUUGGGAAAAACAACUCGACGGGUUAAAGAAACGGUCUCUCUUUAGAAUGCAGAGGAUGAAACAAUAG